GAAACCACAAGGGUGCAUAGUUCAAGUACAACACUGUAUGUCUCGUUGAAACUCUUGCGUUGUGGGGAUUGCAGAUUGUCAAUGAAUAUUAGUAUAGGCCGACACGGUCAGUCAAGUUUUAGUACAUUACGGGCCGUUAAAAAGCUGUAAUACAUUUCUAACUACCCGUCUAGAGCGUCUAGACCGAUGACUUUCCGUUUUGAAAGGUUGCAGGUUUCGUUUUAUUAGAGACCCCUAUCUAGAGUUCAAUUACAACAAUGGGUAUUAUCUCUGCCAUCACUGCUUUGUUCCUCGUCUUCUGGUACUGCACGGAGGCUGUUGUGAGAGCCUGCAUCCCGUGGGGAUGGAGGAAACGCAAGGAUAUCACCGGGGAGAUCGUGCUGAUCACCGGCGCUGGGAGUGGCAUGGGACGCCUCAUGGCGGUCGAGUUCGCUAAACGUAAUGCCGUGGUGGUGUUAUGGGAUAUCAACGAGCCAGGCAACCGGGAGACCAUGCGCAUGAUUAAGGCAUUUGAUGGGAAUGUCCUCGCCUACAAAGUAGAUGUAACCAAUGCAGAAGAGGUGUACGAAACAGCCAAUGAGGUCAAACAGGAGGUUGGUGACGUCACCGUUCUGGUCAAUAACGCCGGUGUUGUGACCGGCAAGCGGCUCAUGAAUUGUUCAGAUGACAUGAUACGCAAGACGAUGGAUGUCAAUGUGACGUCACACUUCUGGACGCUGAAGUCGUUUCUGCCCGCAAUGAAAGCCAAAAAUAAGGGCCACAUUAUAACCAUAGCUAGCCUUGCCGGCCAGUUCCCCGCAACUUACAUGGUGGAUUAUUGUGCCAGUAAGUUCGGCGCCGUAGGACUACACUCUUCGCUGAGAAUGGAGCUUCAAGUGGAAGGAUAUGACGGUAUUGGUAUGUUGCUGGUUUGCCCAGGACCAGUCAGCACCGGCAUGUUCAAGGGAGCAAAGUUCACGUAAGUUAGUCCUCCAUUAUGUCGCGUCAUUUCCCCCUGGCCCUAUCAGUAAGCUCGGGCUUCGUCCAAGGGAGCUACUUAGCUUACAGCUAAAUGUCUUAAAUACACUAUCGGGCCUUUGGCAAAUCUCUGAUCCGGCGAGCAUCAGGCGCAAGUGUCAUCAAGCCUGAUCAUGAAACUUGCUAAGUCCAGACAAAUUUUGCAUAUUUUAAACUGGUUGGCAACCAAGAUGCCAUAAAACUAACAUUGG